UUUUGGACACUUCUCUGGCACAAAGACGAAGCUGAAAAUGUCUCCAAACAUGACUUGUGAAGCUCUCCAGUCUUUUUCUCCAAGGGUAACUGUGGCCAAAAGAAAAGAGGCUCUUGAGCUCCGAAAGACAAUGAAACCUUUGAUGGAAAAAAGAAGGCGCGCCCGUAUCAAUGACAGCCUGAACCAUUUGAAAAACCUCAUCCUUCCCCUCACAGGCAGAGAUAAGACUCACUACUCCAAGCUUGAGAAAGCCGACAUCCUGGAAAUGACUGUGAGGUUCCUCAGCGACAUUCCCCCUGUUUGCACGAAAAAUUCCGCAGACAGUUACAAGGAAGGCUACAAAGCCUGCCUCCAGCGCGUCUCCACUCUGCUUCCCAAAACGAGCCUGGACCAAGAUGCGUGUCAGCGGGUGAACGAAUUCGUCCAGCAGUCCACGUCCACCACCGCCACCAUCACCCCAACCUGCCUGAACUGCUGCGCUCAGAGCUCCAGGACUCUCCCUCAGAUCCAACAGAGACUCCUGAGCCUCAAAUCCAGCUUCAGCUCCAGACUGGAGAGCCAGUCCCGCAGCAGCGGCGGCGUCGCAGUGGCUCCCAGCCGAGCGCAGUCCGGCCCGCAGGCUGUCGGCGCUGCCAUGUGGAGACCUUGGUAGAUUUAAAAAAAAGCAGCCUGCUCCUCCAAAAACCUGUGAAAAGACUGUAAAGUGUUUUAUAUGUAGGCAGCAUGUUGAGAUAGCAUCACUUGUACAGUAUGCAAAGUGAUUCACCGCCUCGCUUCCGUUGAUGAAAAGCCAGAAUUCAUCGUUAAAUCGAAUUGGUUGAGUAUUAUAUACUUACGUUUUGCGCACGAGUCUGUUGUCCUGUAUGAGUUGACAAGUUUAGACAGUCGUAUUUUUUUUUAAAUCUGCAUGUAUGUAUACGUUAAAUAUUUAGUCCUCUUUGCGGACUAAGUGAU